AUGGAACAGCAUGACGACGAGCAGCAGGACCUGGCGGCAGUGCCAAUGCCAACAGCAAUAACGCUGAUACCCGACGACGUUCUCGCCGAUGUGUUCCGCCGCGCCUCGCCGCGUGGGCUCGCCGCGUGCCGCUGCGUGUGCAGGGCAUGGCGCGCGCUCAUCGACGACCGCCGGCUGCUCCGCGCCGACCUCCUCCCGCUGUCGCUGGCCGCCCUCCUGCUCUGCCUCAACGUGGAGUGGGACCGCCCGGAGCUGUUCGCGCGCCCCGGCGCUGACGUCACCGGCUACCUGAUGCCCCGCCGUACCACCGGGAUCGACGACCACUGCAACGGCCUCAUCCUGAUCAACCACGACGUGCUCAACCCGGCCACGGGCCGGGUCGUGCGUCUGCCCAAGUGCCCCCCGUCUCCGCUCUGGGGGGAUCCACACUUUUUCUUCCAAGACCGCUAUCUCGCCUUCGAUCCCGCGGAGUCACCGCACUACCAGGUGUUCUGCAUCCCCAUGCUGCUUACUCGCAAUCGCAAGGAGGAGCCUGCGUACAGGGCCAUCUCGCAGUGUGAAUGGCCACCGUCGCCGUUCUUCCUCAGCGUCUUCUCGUCGAUGACGGGGCGGUGGGAGGCGAGGUCGUUGGUCCGACAAGGUGGAGCCGCAGGAAGUGUCGACGACAUGGAUGUCCAACUGUCAUAUGAACAUGCGCACUCAGCGUGCUGGAGGGGUGCACUCUACGUGCAUUGCCAAAACUAUUUUGUACUGAGGAUAUCAUUGUCAGAGCAUACGACGACGUACCAGGUGAUCCAGCCACCAAGAGAGCUGGAAGGCAAAGAAUGCAGUGGCCGCGGUCGUCUAGGGAGGUCGGAGAAGGGAGUUUACUUUGCAUGCUUUGAUCGCGAAUCGCACCUUUGCGUUUGGAUCCUCCAUGACGACUCCUCGUGUGGUCACAUGGAAUGGAUACUGAGACAUCGAAGUGCUUAUGGACUAGCCCUGCCGAGCUCACCAAGAUCGUCCUGGACCUUACACAAUGCUUUCCGAUCUGAAGAUGGCAACGCCGACGCACAAGAAUGGGAUUCUGAUGACGAUGAUGGUGAAGAAAGUACUCUCCACGCCGAAACGGAAGAUAGGAUACAAGAGCGGCUUGUUGAUUGUGAAAUACUUGCGCUCCAUCCUUACAGAGAGAUUGUUUUCAUGUUCACGGAGGCACAGUCCAGAGAAGUGACGUACGCGUACCAUUUGAAGAGCUCUAAACUUGACAAUUUGGGUAACCUGUUCCCAAAAGACGGCACACCUACGCCUGGCUGUUUUACCUUGGUGGAAAACGCUUUCCCGUACACACCUUGUUGGAUCGGAGCGCCCUAG